AUGGACACUCUUGAGCUUGCUGACAUAUUUCCCGGAUUAGAUGACGAGGCUCUAGGUUCGCUGGAGAUGGAAAAUGCAUGGACGGUUGACAUUUUUAAUGAUUUAACUCAGAAAGACCUUGAAGAUGCUCUACUCACCGAUAUCACCUCCAAGCCAACGACUAAAUCGGAACCUGUUGAUGUGGAUAUCUUUGGCGAUGAGGUUGAAGUGAACAAUUCAAAUGACCAAUUUGUGUCUUCAUCAAACCACACACCUAAGGGGGAUCUGUUCAGUGGCCAAGACGAUUUCAAUAGAGCUAUCUCUACUGACACCUCACCAGAGACAAUCAGGCUUACUCCUGAGACGGAUAGCAAUUGCUCCACCCCAUCAAACUCCGAUUCCUUCCCCGCCUCAAUGCAACUCUCUCCACCCUCCAAGAAACAACAGUCGAAACGCUCUGCUUAUGAAAACAUAGUUCUUGAAGAGGUAUCAGCUGCCAAAAAACGCGCCAGCGCAUUCUCACCACCCAUCGUGCCCUGCGAGCCCAACCCAGGUGCCAUCAAUCGUGUUCACUACGUCCUGCAGAAGGGACAGACUCUUAUAUUACAGACUGAAAAAUCAAAUAAUCGAUUGGCACAAACUGUAAAUUCACAGGCCCGUCUAAAAGCUCUUAAUGGUUAG